GAAACAAACAGAUACUUAAACGCAGUGCCUCUCGGUGCAGCCAGAGAGAACUCCCAGCACGCAGACAUCUUCAACCCCCUUGAUUGUAAUCCACGGCUAAGGAUGCCUUCCUAACUCCUCGGAAGAGAAAUCCUAAGUGGCCCUGAGAAGGCUGACAUCUCAACAUUGUUUCCUAGUCCCCUUCUUUUCUUAAGACUUCUCAUUCUCUUCAGGCUGAAGCUCCAAACCGACUUCACCAACUUGACUAGGUGAGACGGUACCUACCUAACAUGCUAAUUCAUGCUAACCGGUUCAAGCUCGUUUUUCUCCUCACACCCAUGGAUACCUUUCUACAAGACCUUCUGCCUCUCCUCCCACGUUGGGUUCGAGUUCUGGAAACAGCUGUGUGCUGAGCAUGGCAUCAGCCCCGAGGGCAUCGUGGAAGAGUUCGCCACCGAAGGCACUGAUCGCAAGGACGUCUUUUUAUACCAGGCAGAUGAUGAGCAUUACAUCCCCCGGGCUGUGCUGCUGGACCUGGAGCCCCGGGUGAUCCACUCCAUCCUCAACUCGUCCUAUGCCAAGCUCUACAACCCAGAGAACAUCUACCUGUCUGAGCACGGAGGAGGAGCUGGCAACAACUGGGCUAGUGGAUUCUCCCAGGGUGAGAAAAUUCAUGAGGACAUCUUUGACAUCAUAGACCGAGAAGCCGAUGGAAGUGACAGUCUAGAGGGCUUUGUGCUGUGCCAUUCCAUUGCUGGAGGGACAGGCUCUGGUCUGGGCUCGUACCUCCUAGAAAGACUGAAUGACAGGUACCCCAAGAAAUUGGUGCAGACAUACUCGGUGUUUCCCAACCAGGACGAGAUGAGCGACGUGGUGGUGCAGCCCUACAACUCCCUCCUCACCCUAAAGCGGCUGACCCAGAAUGCAGACUGUGUGGUGGUGCUGGACAACACAGCCCUGAACCGGAUCGCCACAGACCGCCUGCACAUCCAGAACCCAUCCUUCUCCCAGAUCAACCAGCUGGUGUCCACCAUCAUGUCAGCCAGCACCACCACCCUGCGCUAUCCUGGCUACAUGAACAAUGACCUCAUCGGCCUCAUCGCCUCGCUCAUUCCCACCCCUCGGCUCCACUUCCUCAUGACUGGCUAUACACCUCUCACCACGGACCAGUCAGUGGCCAGUGUGAGGAAGACAACGGUCCUGGAUGUCAUGAGGCGGCUGCUACAGCCCAAGAACGUGAUGGUGUCCACAGGCCGGGAUCGCCAGACCAACCACUGCUACAUCGCCAUCCUCAACAUCAUCCAGGGAGAAGUGGACCCCACCCAGGUCCACAAGAGCCUGCAGAGGAUCCGGGAAAGGAAGUUGGCCAACUUCAUCCCAUGGGGCCCAGCCAGCAUCCAGGUGGCCCUGUCAAGGAAGUCUCCCUACCUGCCAUCAGCCCACCGGGUCAGCGGGCUCAUGAUGGCUAACCACACCAGUAUCUCCUCGCUUUUUGAAAGUUCCUGCCAGCAGUAUGACAAACUAUGGAAGCGGGGGGCCUUCCUUGAGCAGUUCCGCAAGGAGGACAUCUUCAAAGACAACUUCGAGGAGAUGGACAGGUCCAGGGAGGUGGUCCAAGAGCUCAUUGAUGAGUACCAUGCUGCUACACGGCCAGAUUACAUCUCCUGGGGCACCCAGGAGCAGUGAUUAUAGUCUCCCACUAUGCCUGGACCCUCACAACCUUAUCUUGCGUUUCUAGGUGCGUGACCACCGCUGCUCCUAUCUUCUCUUGCAUGCCUAGUUCUUAUUUUGCUUGGUUACUUCUAAUAAAAUAAAGCUUGAUGAUGAA